AUGCAUCGAAACUCCGAGAGCUAUGGUUUGCAUGAUUUUGAUCGGGAAGCAUUUGGUGUGGCCUUUGAUUUUAGGAACACCCAAAACCUGCAACAUGAUGUCGUCGUUUUCUAUUCCCGAGCCAAACAAACUGCUCCUCUGCGCCUGAAAUUUAUCCAUCGAAUGGACGGCUUGCCAGAGCCGGAUGAUCAUGACGAUCCUCGUUUCAUCCGCACCGUUCAAAGACACUGGCAGCAGCUCCCUGCGGCAUCUCUAAGCGAUCCCACGCCCGUUCUUCCGCAAGUGAGUCUCUUUCGCACACCAGAUCCGCCACGCACAGCGCUGCUUCCGCCAUUCCCCGGAAGAAUCGCCCGUUUUGCCGCGACCGCUUCCCCGAGCCAGCUCCCCCGCGCGUUCUCCGGGAAUACCGUUCCUGCGGCGGCAUCCAGCAGCAGCAGCAGCGGCGGCACCGGCAGCAGCGCGCAGAGCCGGCAGUCUGGGCUCCGCCUGGCGCGGCGGCUGGAUUUGGCCGCGGGGGAGAGCGGCGCUGCUGGCGGAGAAGCCGGCGGGUUCCGCAGAAGUAGUGGUGGUGGCGGCGUCCGCGAGCAGCCCCGCGGGCGCAAGCAGCGGCGGAUUCUACCGAGCGAGGAUGAGGUGAAAGCCGCUGCCGCUGGCCACUUGGGUGGCCACGUGGCUGGCCAGUUUGCCCACCUGCUGCACCACAACGCCGCUGCUGUCAUGGCUGCCACUGCAGGCACUACUGGUGCUAACCCAACCUCUGCUGCUGCCGUCCCCCCAGCAGGCAACGCAAUGGGGUUUCAAGGAAUGGGUUUAGGGGGGAAUGCUGUGGGCUUUACCAGGCCAGAAGGAGAGGGCGGGGGGAUGGAGGCUGGGGUGCUGGGUCGGGAGGUGGAUAGAAGACUAAUGUGGGAUUUGAGUGGAGGGGUGGACGGACGGAUGGGAGGUGGCAUGGGAGGAGCAGAGGCUGCUGCUGCAGCGGCAGCGGCAGGAGCAGCAGCAGCAGCAGCAGCAGCAGCAGCAGCAGCAGCAGCAGCAGCAGCAGCAGCAGCAGCAGCAGCAGCAGCAGCAGCAGCAGCAGCAGCAGCAGCAGCAGCAGGAGCGAGACCAUCAGCAACAGCAGCAGGAGCAAAGAGAACGAGGAAAACUGCCAGAACAGCCGCAGCUGCAGCAGCAGCAGCAGCAGCAGCAGCAGCAGCAGCAGCAGCAGCAGCAGCAGCAGCAGCAGCAGCAGCAGCAGCAGCAGCAGCAGCAGCAGCAGCAGCAGCAGCAGCAGCAGCAGCAGCAGCAGCAGCAGCAGCAGCAGCAGCAGCAGCAGCAGCAGCAGCAGCAGCAGCAGCAGCAGCAGCAAUUGGCAACAGCAGGACAAGCGGUGGGAUCCAAAGAAGGAGAUGGGUAUGA